AGUUCCAUACACCAUUCACUCAACCUUCCUGAGAAGCAGAGUAGAGCCUGCAGGGUGCUCGGGGUGAGCAGAACCAUGGAGAAGUUCAAGGCCGUGCUGGACCUGCAGAGCAAGCACCGCAGCGCCCUGGGCUAUGGCCUGGUGACCCUUCUGACGGCUGGUGGGGAGAAGAUCUUCUCCUCAGUGGUGUUCCAGUGUCCCUGCACUGCCACCUGGAACCUGCCCUACGGCUUAGUGUUCCUGCUGGUGCCUGCGCUCGCGCUUUUCCUCCUGGGCUAUGCGCUGAGCGCGCGCACAUGGCGCCUGCUCACUGGCUGCUGCUCCCGGAGCGCGGGAUCUGGUUCAGGGUUGCGCGGCGCGUUCGUAUGCGCUCAGCUCAGCGCGGCCGCGGCGCUCGCACCCCUCACCUGGGUGGCCGUGGCGCUGCUCGGGGGCUCCUUCUACCAAUGUGCUGUCAGCGGGAGCGCGCGCUUGGCGCCGUACCUGUGCAAGGGCCGCGACCGCAGCUGCAUUGCCAAGCUACCGCAGGUUCCCUGCAACAAGCAGGAGGCGGAACUGCAGGAGAUCCUGAGUCAGCUCAAGGCUCAGUCUCAGGUGAUUGGUUGGAUUCUGAUAGCUGCUGUCAUUAUCUUACUUCUUGUUGUUAAGUCUGUGACCAGAUGCUUCUCUCCGGUUAGUUACCUGCAGUUAAAAUUCUGGGAAAUCUAUUUGGAAAAGGAGAAGCAGAUUUUUCAAAGUCAAGCUACAGAACACGCGACCCAGUUGGCAAAAGAGAAUAUUAGAUGUUUCUUUGAGUGCUCAAAGCCGAAGGAAUGCAACACCCCGAGCAGUAAAGACUGGCAGCAAAUCUCAGCGUUGUACACAUUCAAUCCCAAGAACCAGUUCUACAGCACGCUGCACAAGUAUGUUAGCAGAAAGGAGAUGAGCGGCAGUCUCCGCUCUGUGGAAGGAGACGCAGUAGUCCCCGUCCUUGGCUUCGUAGAUGAUGCCUCUGUGGCCAACACUCACGGAUUGUGACCUUGCACAACAACAACAACAACAAUAAUUCUGAAUUGUUGCUUUUAUAUAAAAAAUAAACAUUGGUGUGUUUUAUGGCUGUUUC